CGCUGACUCACGUACCAAAUUCACAUUCACAUUCACAUCCACAUCCACCUGCACCUGCAAGGUCGCAUGCAGAUCAAAUUGGCAGACUACACUACAUAGGUGUUAUUAGAAUGUACAAACCGGCCCCGCCAAGACCCAAGAAGACCAACAUUGUGCGCUCGCGCAACGGGUGCCAAACCUGUCGUGAGCGGAAAAUCAAAUGCGAUGAGAGGAAACCAGCCUGUGGAACAUGUGUAAGGCUGGGAAAGCCUUGCGCAACCUUCCAGCCAGGGUUUAGGUUCCGUACUGUGGUCAUAACUUCUUCAUCUGUGCCUCCGCAGUCUCUGGCGACAACCCCGGUGGCCAGGCUUCCUCCAUGUGGGAAUCGGGAGCAGGAUGAAGGGGACAAGACUACCCUCGCGUCUAUUGGGAGUAUGGACUUGAUCAAGUCCCUACAGCAUUCAGAGCGCGACAUCUACUAUACUACGUACUGGGAGGAUCGCUGCCUUCCAGCCCUGCAUCCGAUCUUCCUUUCCUUGUCUUGGGCUGCCGGAAGCAAGGCAAUCCUUCGCAACUCCAUCCUGGCUUUGUCCUCAUGCCACUUCAGCCGCCAGCAAGUGGAGCGUAAGAGAGCGUGCACUUUGCACAUGGGGAGCUUUAGCCCUAGUUUUGGCCAUCAAACAAGGAGCCAUCUAUACUACUCGGCAGCUAUGAAGGAAAUCAUGCGGAUCGGCCCAGAGAAUAUUGUAUAUGACUCUACAAUCAUUGUCAUGGUUUUGACGCUGUUCGCUUACAUCGAGGCGUCUGUUGGCAAUUUCCAGGGCUUCCGAUGCCACGUGGACGGGUUGUUGCAGUUGUUGCAGAGUCAUGCAGAGAUUCUGAACAGCCCAAUAAAUACAGCUCUCAUCAUGGCGUGGAUGCAGAUCCGGUUUGUCAACUGGUGGUCACGCGCCUACUUUAGCUCGUGGGAUGUCCACCGGCGGUUGCCUUCGGUACCUCUGCCCCGAUGCCUCAAGGAAAGGCACGACUCUCUCCAGAGCCGCCGGGUGAUUGUCCUUAGCAUUCUCUGUGAAUCGCAUCGGUUGAACUCUGGUCAUAUUCUGGGAUGUCUACGCCGCGGUGCCGGUGUAGACGCGCAAACGCAUGUCCAGCACCUUGAACAGGGUGCAGAGGUGGAAAAAUGUCUCUACUUACUCCGUGAACAGGAGAGCAGACUGGACGACUGGCUUACGCACCUCUCGCCUUCAGAGUGGCCCCUCUCCGACCACACUUAUUGGAUGAGCAACAGUAAGAAACCAGAGGACGAUAACACCCCGAUUUACUUCCAAUCCCAUGAUGCGGCACUCAACUUUGCGUAUUAUACACUGGCUCGAGUCAUGCAGUGCCAUGGGUUACUGCGCAGUUUACAAAAUUGCAGUCAUCCGCAAGACCCAUACGGAUACGAAGAGGAGGAAAGCUGGGUUCGCCUACUCCUGCGCAUAACAAACGGCACGAAUAUCCAAACCUCACUCGCAAGAAACAACUACACAAUUGGUUUUCAGGGCUUGUUACUAGCCGCCCUUCUGCGGUGCCAGAGUCCAGCCCUUGGUGCCGCGAUACAGAGCUGGGUCCAAAGCCUGGCCGAUCUCCAGCCUACAGAGGAAGGCUCCUUUCCGACUUACCAGACACUGGGGGUCAUCAAGAGUAUUAAUCGGCAGAAGCAGGUGGGGCUUGAUAUUCUGGGCGUUACGCAGCCUGUCGACGAUGGCGGAGGGACACCGAAAGUGACGGCUUUUAAUAGCCAGCCGAUUGACCAGCUGAUUCUUCAUGGAAGAUCCCGACUGACCCGGGUUCCUUUUGCAAUCUGUGUCGGUCUCGACUUUGGCGUUGGAGAAGAAUAUUAGAGGUCUGUAAAGGUUGGCGGUUUCAUAAGCUGGAAAGAUCAGAUGGUUGGCGGUCUCCAACCUUGAGCUGGGAAUACCAAUGUUAGCAACUAUAUCAUAAUACGGGACGCUGACGGGCAGGUUGAUGCUGUUAAUAAAUGCUUUGAAGAUUCUUUUUAUUCAGACGAUACAAAAAUAGAAGCUACGGCUGUCAAUCAGGUCCUCUAUAUUGGAGACAACAGAACAUGACUUGUAUCGCAAGAGGCUGGCCCAGAGGGUGCUAAAAGUAGCCUGCUUUUCAUACUGUAUUGUCCCAUGAUCAGCAUCAGAAUUAACAAACCAUAAUGAUAGCUUUCUCUUGCGAAG